UCAGUCAGUGUCGGGCCGCAGUCUGCUGCCGGACCGCAAGCUCUACGGUUCUAGUUGCUUUAUCGUUGCGAGCAACUCGCACGCGGCGCAUGUGUCACAUGUGUUUUGUGAAUUGAGUUUUUAAAAGGCGGUUUAAUCGUGUAGCGCAAGAUAAACGCAAGUAGAAUAAGGACGCUGCGACGCGGCUAUCCUGAUUGAAAACGAUGGUUCGCCAAUCGGCGUGGAUUCUCCUCGCGGUGUUGGCUGCUUCCUGCACUCGGCAAGCAGCCGGAAAUUGUGACCGGACACCGGACCAUGCGACAAAGCAGCGAUCCCAACCCGGGGACAAAUUCCAGAUCAUUGUUUCCGAGCACAACAGAACGGAUCCGAUCAGCCACUUUGAACCAAAGACUAAGUACAUGGUGAGUCUUCAGAGCGACAAAAGCUCACCGACGCCGUCAAAGUUCACCAGAUUCACGCUGACAGCCGAGACCGAAACCGAGGACUCGUCAGGGGACACCGGUUACUUCGAAGUCGAUGAUUCGAACUUCAGCAAAUAUUCGGAAUUAUGUCCUAACGCGGUCGUCGAAGCGUCGGAGAUCCGCAAGGACGACGUCUCCGUCUUCUGGACCAGUCCCGUCGACGAGGGUGGAUGCAUCUUCAUCAGGGCGAUGGUCAUGGAGUCCCCGGACGUCUGGUACAUGGACGACGGGGGCCUGACGGUGGAGGUCUGCCCGUCGUCUUCUUCCUCGGGUAGCGGAGAUCCUGGCCCGGUAUUGCAGACCUGCUGCGCCUGCGCCGAGGCGAAGUACGAGGUCACCUUCGAGGGGCUCUGGUCUCGGAACACCCACCCUAAGGACUUUCCGACCAACGCAUGGCGAACGAAAUUCUCCGACGUUAUCGGCGCCUCGCAUACGGUGGAUUACCGCUUUUGGGAGUACAUGAAAUACGCCAGCGACGGUUUGCGACAGGUCGCCGAACGCGGGGUUACCCGCACGCUCGAGUCCGAGUUGAAGGAGCAGAGCGAACACAUCCGCACCAUAAUCAAGGCUAGAGGAAUAAGCUACCCGAACGUCACCGGAAAAACAUUCGCGGUGUUCCGCGUGGACCAGAAACACCAUCUCAUGUCGCUGGUCACCAUGAUCGACCCUUCGCCGGACUGGAUAGUCGGAGUUUCCGGACUUGAGCUGUGCCUGGCGAACUGUUCCUGGGUAGAGCACAGGGAGUUGAAUCUCUUCCCAUACGACGCGGGCACGGAUAGCGGAAUAACGUAUCUCUCGCAAGACACCCCGACGGAUCCGCAGGAGCGAAUUACCCGCAUAACGUCAACCUUUCCAAACGACCCGGCUUCUCCUUUCUACGACGAAACUGGAGCGGACAUGAAGCCGAUAGCGAAACUCUAUCUGAACCGACAACGUCUGUACGAAAAGACUUGCGACGCGACAUCGGCCGAAGGUCCCAGAGAAGCCUGUUACACGAGUUCCUGGGGCGAGUGGAACCAAUGCUCGCGUACCUGUGGAAGAGGGCAGAAACUUCGUCAACGAUAUUACCUCGACCGCGACGCAGCUUUGGCGGCAAACUGUAGGGAGGAAUUGACCGAUCGAUCGAGAUGCAAGAACGAGCGGUGCCCAGGAAUAGGUCCCGGUGAUUGCGACGUCGAGGAGUGGACCAGCUGGUCCUCGUGCAGCACCACCUGCGGUACGGGGUUCAAAACUCGGUCCCGUAAAUUUCGCGAUCGGAAGACCAGGAAGUACUGCAUGCACAAUUUGGAACGCCACGAGCUGGAGCAGACCUUUGAGUGCGAAGACAACGAGCCCUGUCCCGACGCGGAUCCCGACGUCGAGGAGGUAAGCGAAAGCACCGAAAAUACUGUCGAAGACAACGUCGAGGAGGUACCGACGCUGGGGGAAUGGUCGCAGUGUCCGAACGAGAGAUUCACCGAGUGGUCCAUGUGGUCACCAUGCAGUGCCAGCUGUGGUCCAGGAGUAAAACUGCGAUCCAGGCUGCUGAAGAUGUCCUGGGGUAACUUGGAGGAAUCCGAGGAACUUAAUCUGGAAAACUGUAAAACCGAACAGGCUGCUUGCGUGGCGGCGAUGCCGACUUGCGAUUUCUCGGAGGAAACGGCACGAAGCAUUUGCAGUGAACCGCAGGUCGGUGGGAACUGCAACGCGAACAUUUUGCGGGUAUAUUUUGAUAGCGCGAGCAAUGAGUGCCGCAGGUUCAAUUACACAGGGUGCGGUGGUAACAGGAAUAACUUUCCAACCGAGCAGGAUUGCAAUAACGUAUGCAGUAAAUACCAAAGGGAGCUUAGGGCCAACCUUUCGGCUGUGAUGAAGAAAUUUAAGGUCUCACUGAGCAGCGUACUGACCUAUCACGUCCCGACCCAAGAUCAACGCAGCGGGAAAAUGAAGAGAGCCAAAUACGGUGAAGUCACCGACAGGCCAUUUCCCGCCGAGAUUCCAUCCGUCAGUCAAACCGUCGACGGAUAUCCACUUGACUGCGAGAUUACUGAAUGGGGCGAGUGGUCGGCCUGCGGCUCCAAUUGCAAGGGCUACACGUACCGGAAACGAAUGAUUCUGCGAGAAGCGAGAAACGAAGGAAGAAGAUGUCCGAAAAAACUACAACAGAAAAGACGAUGCAAGAAGGUUCCGCCUUGUUCAACACGAAGAGACAUGCGCCGUAGAAGUUAUAACGAAGUCUUCGACGGGACGAGCGAACGUUUCAAUUCCAUCGACUGCGAGUUAUCUUCAUGGUCGACGUGGUCACCGUGUUCGGCAACCUGCGGACAUUCGGUUCGUCACAGAACCAGGAACGUUAUCGUAUCGCCGGAGGGUCCGAACGCGAAGCUCUGCCCUUCGGUAGCACAGUUCGUGACAUGCCCUUUGGCCGCCUGCGACGAAUCAACGAGGCAGUAGAGCGGGAAAUAUGAAUAAAUUACAAUUUUAACGAAGAUAAGUAAUUAUUAGAAUGUUGAAAUGUUAUUCAGAUAGGUCGAUGGAGACUUUCAAUGGAAAUGCUGAAGCUGUAAGGUUCGUUGAUUAUCACCUGUGUAACUGUUGGGCAUGGAAACAGCUGUGAAAAGAAUUACCAGGUAUAAUCUUACCACAUGUUAUGUCGUGGAAAACCACGAGAAUCAAAAUAGGCUUAUUAUAGAGAAAAACCCGUGAUUCUCUUUUCAAAAUUUAACAUAGAUCAUUUACGAUCAUGUACGUAUGAAGUACAGAUUGACUUAGGACUAGUCACUGGACUUGAUUAAUUUUUCCAUUUACACAGGAGUGAAACGAAUCAGCUGUAAUUAAGAAAUUAUAGUAAGUCAUAAAAGAAUAUAUUAUUAUGCUAUGAGAAACGUCGUUAUUUGAUUAUCGGUAUUCUAAACCGAUUCGCGAUGAAUAAAUAAAGAUCGUAGGGUCAUAGAUUGUUCAAUGUACGAUACAGGCAUUUAUGAAGUUUUUCACCGACUGCAUUUCGAAAUCUCUAUCGUUCAACGUAUUAUAUCAAUCGUAUUAGUUUAAUAGGUGCAAUUAUAAUAAUUGCUAGAAUAUAAUUACUGGUGUUUUGUCGUCUUAAAAGCCAGAGCUAACAACUUUCUUGCUACGAGUUAUAUAAGUAGUUAUAAUGAUUAAUUGACUUAUUUUAUCCUGAUCUAUAAACGUUGGAGACAAAUUCUUAUUCUCGUUGAUAUUCAUAGUUAAAUAAUACGAAAAAGAAUAUGAAAUCUAUGUCUAACAAAUUUUUUAUUACACGAGGCUAACACGUAAACUAGACUUUUCUCUUUUAUUUUACGAAUUUUCAUGAAUAAAUGCGCGGCGAAUGUAAAAGCAUAUCGAUAGAGUUAAGAUACAGACACAUAUUGCAAAUGAGUAAAAGUAAGGUAUCAAACUUUUCUUUACCGUGUCCAUUAUGACAAUAAAAAAUAUAUCUAUUAGUACUAGUAGUAGUGUUAGAUCAUGAUAAGAAUAACAAGACAGACAUUAGUCGCAAUUGAAAUAAUAAAUAUUAUAUAUUCUACUAUUGUAAAUAUAUAGCAUAAUAAUAUCGAAAGAAAUUGCACACAAAUGUUUUGUAUUAUAUAUAUAUAUAUAUAUAUAUAUAUAUUAUAUAUAUAUAAUAUAUAUAAAAUAUGUAUACAUGUUUUCAUUUACGUAAAUAUAUAUGUACAAUAAUUAUUUGAGUACUAAAUGGCAUUGUAGACAAUGUACACGGUUUUUCACCAAAUUCGCGGUAUUAAGCCUUAAAUAGUGAAAAGGAAAAGAGAAACAGGAACAUCAUCAUUUAUACUUAUUUCCUCAUCACAGUUAGUGUAAUGGGCAUGACUUAUGUUUAAUUGUGAAAGAAAUUCUUCACCACUG